AUGGCAAACCCUAACUUCACCCGAACGGCGCUCUUUGUUGCGCUACUUCUAGUGUUGCUCUUGUGUAAUGGCUUCUGCCAUUUGUUAAAUGAGAGCGAAUCUUUUCCUUUGCUUCAACUCCAGAAAACUCAAAUCUCCAAGGACUUCUGGGUACUUUUUCUCACUCUAUUUCCUUCUCAUGUUUUACUGUUUGAAAACGAAAUAGAAGAAGAAGAGGAGGAAGUUGAAGAAGUGGUGGAUGAUGAAGAUGCUGAUAAUGCUAUUGAUGUCAAGAACUCAGAUGAUUUAAAGGUCUUUUGUGAAGCUGUAGGAGAAGUUACACAGGUACAGAUUAUGAAGGGAAAAGAUCUAGGUGACGGUAAGGGCUUUGCAUUUGUGACAUUCAGAAACAUGGAGAUGGCUUCUACUGCUAUUGAUGAAUUGAAUAAUACUGAAUUUAAGAAUUCUACCUUCGUUUUCUCUCUGCUCUUCAUCUUAACACGAAGACCCCGAAUCAUCUUCUUCCUCGACGAAGAGGAGCUUGCAGAUGUGACCUUUGGGGAUUUGCAGAAGGCGCGAUCUAACGGCUCGCAUGUCUUGUUGCCCCCUCAGCCUAAAGAUGACAAGAAGAAGGCUGCCCGAGCUAACAAGAACUGGCCGAUGGAGGUGAGUAGCAAGAAGCCUGUCAGUAGAUUCAGGGAGGUCAUCCGAGCGCCGAAAAAGGUGGUUCGUGAUCCUCGUUUUGAAUCUUUAUGUGGAACACUGAAUGUUGAUGGGUAG